ACGUGUGUGUAUAGGUUAGGUGUAAAUUCAUCAAAGUCAGAAGAUAUACCAGAUGGUGUAGUGCAUUAUUUAUUCAUCAGCUGUCAGACCCUCGAGAUCAGGUCUAGAAUGAUAUCAGCUGGCUUUUGUUCUUUUAGUGAUGUUUAUUAUUUGUUAUUAAAUAUUUAAUUUAUUAAAAAUUGUCUUUAAUAUGGGGAUCGUAAAAUUUCUAUUCAAGUGUUAUCUUUGUCAUACAAGGAACUCAUAAAACUUAGAUUUUGAAUUUUAAAAAAUAGUCGAAAUGUUCUCUGCAUUCAAGAGAUUUACUGGGAAAAGUGAUGGGGUACUUACCCCAUCUUCUAGACCAACACACCAAGCAAUGCCAACUAAUUUACAAAGAAAAUUUGCAAAAGGUGUUCAGUAUAACAUGAAAAUUAUUAUAAAAGGAGAUAGAAAUGUUGGAAAAACUUGUUUAUUUCACAGACUGCAAGGCCAAAAAUUUAUUGAAGAAUAUAUUCCUACAGAAGAAAUUCAAGUUACAAGUAUUCAAUGGAAUUAUAAAGCUACAGAUGACGUUGUAAAAGUUGAAGUAUGGGAUGUAGUAGAUCGUGGUAGACGAAGGAAAAAAAUGGAAGGAUUGAAAAUGGAUAAUAUCAUCUCAGCAGAUGGUAUGACUGAAGAACCUGCAUUGGAUGCUGAAUUUUUGGAUGUUUACAAAGGAACAAAUGGUGUAAUAGUCAUGAUGGAUAUAACUAAACAAUGGACUUUUGAUUAUGUUCAACGAGAACUUCCGAAAAUACCUAAUCACAUACCAGUUAUUGUUUUAGGCAAUCACUGUGAUAUGUGUCAUCACAGAACAGUGACUGCUGAUCAUGUUAUUUAUUUUAUUGACUCACUAGGAAAAAGAGCUGCACAAGUAAGAUACACUGAAACGUCAAUGAGGAAUGGAUUUGGGUUGAAACUUUUGCAUAAAUUUUUUAAUCUUCCAUUUCUACAACUUCAACGAGAAACUCUAUUACAACAAAUAGAGACAAACAAGGAAGAAACUUUUUUAACAGUUCAAGAGUUGGAUUUAUAUCAAGAGAGCGAUGAUGCAAAUUACAACAAGUUUUUGGAUAAUUUAGUAAAUAAGAGAAGAGCUAUAGCAGAUUCUGUAUCUGUAACUACUCUAGUUCCUAAUAUCACAUCAACCUUAAGUAAUCAUGGACCUCAGGGUCAACCAGUUACACCUUCAGCCAAAAUAUUAGGUCCUAUUGGAGGUGGCACUCCAAUACCUGUUAAAAAUAUGGUUACCAGGUCAACUGUUAAAAAAGAAACACAGUCACAGGGGAACAAUAAUAAUAAUGGUAAAAUUGAGUUAACAAUGACGAGUAGUAUUAGCACACCAGAAUAUUUAGCAGCUAGAGUAUCCACUAGCAAUAAUUGUGAUGGCAAAGAAUUUUCCAACAGAUCUCAAUCCUUUGCAUCAAAGAUGGCAACACUUGAGAAAGACUCUAGCCUAGAAAAAGAAAGACCACCUAAAGAUUUUAAAACAUGUGCAAUUACUACAAUAGCUAGUGUUGAGGACUUUGUACCUGAUGAUGGCUAUCUGGACAAAUCGUUUUUAGAUGACGAUAGUCAGUCAAAUUCAAAGUCAAGUCAGAAAAAACAAGGCGAUUCAGAUAGUGAUACUGAAACUGCAAAUCCGUUAGUUGCCGGAUUUGAAGACGACCUAUCAUCAGCAGAUGAGAUACCGAUUCCCGUCCAACCCAAAUUAGCCGAAAAUCCACUGAGUAAGCAAAGGCAUAAACGUGGAGACAUAUCCUUAGGAGCUGAAUCAAAUUUAGCAAGUGGGUCAGUAAUCUCUAAACGUGACUCCUCGUCAUCCACAGAGGAGUUGCAAUUGGCCAAUAAAUUACAUCUAGAUGAUCAAAAUGAUGCGAAUUCGGACGAUACGUUUGAUAGUUGGCUUGGCCGAGAUUCCAAGUGGAGACAAAGUCCUGAAGGUGGAGAAGAUGUUAGUAGCAGCGUCGGAACCAAGAAAGACAGACACGAGUUAAGUGAUAAAAGUUUGGAUGCAAGUGUCACAAGUUCAAAUGUUCACCUUGAGCUUCUGGAUAACAGUAGUAUACAACAAUUGAGCUCCAACAGUAGCAGUCCAGUAAUGAAAGAAAAGAAAAAACACAGAGAUAAGACUGAAGAUAAAGAAAAGAAGAAAAAGAAAAAGUCGAAAGAUAAAAAUAAAGAUAAGGAGAAAGCGGAGAAAUCCGAAAAAAAAAAGAAGCGAUCUUCAAAGAACGAAGAUCAUAAAAAAAAAGACGAGUUAGAAGAAUUUCUGAAUGGUACAAGCUCAAACAUUGGUAAUGUUGAUGCAGCUUACGAAGCUAUAUAACCCCAUUGACUUUUUAAAAAAGAACUUGUAAUGAUUUUUUAAAUGCUCUUUUUUAUGGAAAAACUAACAGCACAUAUUUACAUUCAUUCAAUUCCUUAUUAAUUUGAAACUUAAAAGUGAUGCAUUUAAAAUUUAGGUCAUGAAGUUUGUGGUUGAAAAACCAAUCAUUUCCAUUCCACACAAAACUUAAAAACAAAUUAACUUGUGUAAAUAUUAAAAAUAUCAAAAUAAUUCAGGAUGUAUGAAAAUAUUUGUAUAUCUUAUGAAAUUUAAGGAGAAGAGUUUAUCGAUAUCUAAAUGUAUGAAACUAUUUAUUGUUAUAUAUCCUAAUAAUGUUUAUAAAUGUACAUAUAACUAAGUGUUCUAUUUGAUCAUUAAAAAAAAAAAAACUAAUAAA